AUUAUAGACAAAAAAAAGACUUGAAAGAAGGAACAGAGUGGAAAUAAAUAGCAACACCCAAAUAAAGAAGAGAUUCCCCAGGAUUGUAUUAUUUCCCACCACUGCUCAUUGUCUGGAUGGUUGUGCGUGGGAUGUGUGCAGAGGUGUGAGGUUUACGCAGCCCGCUGGUUAUUGUGCGUCGGUAUCAGACACUAUCUGACCAGAUUACGCUGAUGUUGUUUCCACGACCUCGCUGACUGAAGUCUGACAGUUCAAGGCCUGUUUCACACCUCAGGAGCUCUCGUUCCAAAGGUGGCCCGACUGGAUCGCCGCCCACGCCUCCGUCUGGAGACGCGUCCGAGGGAGGGUUGUGUCGAUGCGAUGUUUUACGAGGCGUGAUGCAACCUGCCGGGAUGAAGCUAUAUAACCCGGCCCGCUCCAGUGCGCCGGACCGAGGCUGCAGGCCGGCUGUGCUUGUGGGAGCGGGAGGCGUUUGUGUGUGUUUGCGACCAGAACUCGGACCACGCAGCGAUGGGAGUGGAGAAAAUGGACAUGGAGGACUCGACCCUGAUGGAGAAGGGCAACAAGCCCCCCGCGGCCAGACCACCCAACAAAUACGAGACUCUGUUCCAGCCCUGCCUGGCCGAGGUGGUGGGCACCAUGUUCUUCGUUUUCGUCGGCUGCGUGUCCGUCAUCGAGAACGUGCCGGCCGCCGGGCGGCUGCAGCCGGCGCUGGUGCACGGGCUGGCCGUGGCCGUGAUGGUGGCGGUCAUGGAUAACAUCAGCGGCUCCCAUUUCAACCCUCCCUUCACCAUCGCCAUCUACCUGUGCGGCGGCAUGAAGCUGAUGAUGGUGGGACCCUACCUGGUCAGCCAGCUGAUCGGAGGGGUGCUGGGAGCUGGGAUGGCCAAGAUGAUGACCCCCAGGGACCGCUACCUCAACGCCACCGGGGCGGCGUUUGACAUCCUCAAGUCAGAGAGCCAGCUGUCCGGCGCCAUCUUCGGGGAGGUGGCCAUGACCUGCCUGAUCACCAUGGUGGUGCUGCUGGUGGCGGUCAACGGCAAGACGAAGACGCCGCUGGCGCCGUUCCUGGUCGGCUGCACCGUCAUCAUCAACGUCCUGGCAGGGGGUGACGUGUCAGGAACGUGUCUGAACCCGGCCAGAGCUUUCGGUCCGGCUUUGAUGACCAACUACUGGUCCUACCACUGGGUUUACUGGGUGGGACCCAUCGGGGGAGGUCUGCUGGCCGCCGCCUUGCUCAGGCUCAUUCUGGGAGAUGAUAAAAUACGAGUCGUGAUGAAAUCCUGAGAGUCUCCGUCGUGUGCGUUUAUUGUGUCGCAUGGUGACAAUGAACCCGUAAAGAUCAAAUGACUUCUUUUCUUCAGCUGUGUGACCCCUGUGUUUUGCAUGAUAUGAAAUAAAAGCAUGAAUUGUG